AUGAAGUUCGCUGCCGUCUUUGUACUCGCCUCGCUCGUGAUCGUCGGCAUCUCCGCCGAUGAUAGCUCCUCCGCCUGUGACCGGCUUCCAUGCCCCGAGAAUGCCCCACUCAUUUGCGCAAGCAACGGCGUCACGUACGAGAAUCGGUGCGUGUUCGACCAUGAGAACUGCAAUAGCGGUAACAAGUGGACAGUUCUGCACGAGGGCACGUGCAGCAGGAGUGAGGGCGGAAGAUAA